AUGAGAUGCGCCAGGUCAGUCACAUUCGGCCACGGCCAGGUCAUCAGGAAGCAAGCGACACCCAGACAAGACCGCCCGGCGCAGCCCCGACCGCCUCCGAGGGAUGCCUCCACCACCGUGGCACCCCGGCCGCCGCCGCCGCCGCCAGCUGCGAACGCCAUCUCCACCGCGGUGGCAUCCCGGGCACCAGCUGCUCCUCUCGGCAGCAGCCAGGUGCGCACCACGACGACCACAAACAACACUGUCCGCCAGCACUCCUCGCGGACGAACAUCAUGAAUCAGAACAACAACGUCUACAACACAACCAUCCACGCCACCUCUCGCUCCGAGUCGUCGACUUCACGUCCAGGGCCCGACGAGAACCCACUCCCGCAGCCGCCGUCACGUUGGCUAGCCUGGGUAUCUCCGGCAUGGCCAUGGCUGAACGCCGCCCUCGCAGUCGUCAAGGCCGUACUCGGUUCCUGUACCAAACCCCUGGUCAUCGUGUGUGUCGUCCUCCUCCUCGUCAAUUUCCUCGCCACCAGCAUCGGCAACGCCCUCUCAUCUUCAUCGACCUGGAUCCGAGCACUCCAGAUCCCCGCAUGGCUGACUUAUCUUCCGUUCCUGAGCCGCGGUGACGGGAACACGGAACCCAGCGCGCAGGAGACACCACCAGGCACCACCCCGGUCCCGCCACCGGCAACAGAGCUCACACAGACGUUCAGUGAGGGCAUCCGUGGUGCCGUCGCCGUACACUUCACUGCCAACGAGAUCUGGCGCCACCUCGCCCGUUUGGCAUCCCUCGAGAUAGCGCAGCCACUGCUACGGCCAUCACCCUGGCCCGAGACGCGAGCCUCCGCCAACACGCUGCGCCAGCACAGCGACGACCUCCGCUCGGCGACGGAACAAAGACAAGCCUCCGUGCGGCGGGGCAUGGCCCGGCUCCAGCGGGAUCUCGACAUGUUCCCCGCGCAAGACGCCGUCCCGGAGAGCGGCAUGUUGGGUCGUGUGGUCGCGGCUAUCGUCACCCGUGUGAAGAGCCUCUUUCUCACCCCGGAACAGAUGCUGACCGAGCCGUGGCUGACGGCGCUCCGGCGUCUGGGCACCCUGCACGACCUGCUCGCCGAGGCCAGGGCCCGCCUGGACGAGGACAUGGACAAGAUGCAGGCGUGGGAGGUGGGCACCGCGCUGAGGAGCGUGAGCGUUCAGUCUUGUGCCGUUGCGGAGGAGUUCAACGGCGAGCUCCGCGGGCUUGAUGGCCACGCCGUCGGUCAAGACCCCAACGAGACCCCGGACGGGACGGUCGAGAUCUUCCGCAACACGGUGAUGCAGGCCUCCCGCGUGAGCAGUUUCGGAUGCCGCGUUUCGCGUGAGGCCCAGGGUUGGUGGGGAACCAGGCUUGAGCAGGCCAGACGGGAGCAUGAUUGGCUUGCGGAGGAGCAGGACAUGGUGCGAUCGAUGAUGGACUCCAUCAGGGCGGGCAACGAGGCAAAGACGACGGGUCAAGUCGAGGAGAGGAUGAGAGACAUCCUUCGUAGAUGGCGGGGGCAGGCGGACAAGUGCUGGGGUGGUGAUGGACUUCUUCCGGGAACCGACCUGGACUGUUAG